AUGGGUUGUCAAGAACUUGGUAUUCCAGCUGGUGUUAUCACUGGAGAUAAUGUUCGCAAAUUAUUAAAAUAUGCAAGCAAACAAGGUUUUGCUAUUCCAGCGGUCAAUUGCACUUCUUCUUCGACAAUUAAUGCAGCCUUGGAAGCUGCUCGUGAUAUCAAAGCACCACUCAUUAUUCAAUUUUCUCAAGGUGGUUCGGCAUUUUAUGCAGGCAAAGGUUUAAGUAAUGAAGGACAAAAGGCUAGUAUCAUAGGAGCCGUCGCUGCUGCCCAUCAUGUUAGGCUAGUUGCAAAGGAGUAUGGAAUUCCAGUUAUCUUACAUUCUGAUCAUUGUGCCAAAAAACUUUUACCUUGGUUUGAUGGAAUGUUAGAAGCUGAUGAAGAAUAUUUUAAAAAACAUAAUGAACCACUUUUUAGUUCUCAUAUGCUGGAUCUUUCGGAAGAACCAAAACAUGAAAAUAUUGCAACUUGUAAAAAGUAUCUUGAACGUAUGUCAAAGAUUAAUUUAUUGUUGGAAAUGGAAAUUGGUAUCACAGGAGGAGAAGAAGAUGGAGUUGAUAAUACAGGAGUUGAUAAUGCAUCAUUAUAUACACAACCCGAAGAUAUCUGGGAUGUUCAUCGUGAAUUAAGUCAAGUUUCUGACAUGUUUACUAUUGCCGCUGCAUUCGGUAACGUCCAUGGAGUUUAUAAACCUGGAAAUGUUAAACUUACCCCUCAUUUACUUAAAAACCAUCAAGAACAUGUUAAGCAAAAACUUCAAUGCGAUUCCGAUAAACCUAUUCUGUUCGUUUUUCAUGGUGGUAGCGGAUCCGUCAAAGAUGAGAUUAAAGAAGCUGUUAGUUAUGGUGUUAUUAAAAUGAAUGUUGAUACCGAUACCCAAUGGGCUUAUUGGGACGGUAUUAAAAAUUAUCAUGAUAGUAAAAAAGGUUAUCUUCAAUCACAAGUUGGCAAUCCUGAUGGUGUGGAUAAACCGAACAAAAAGUAUUAUGAUCCUCGUGUUUUUAUUCGUGAGGCCGAAAAAAGUAUGAUUAAACGUGUUAAAGAAGCUUGUCAAGAUUUAGGAAAUGUUAAUCGGUUGUAA